UUCUCCUGAACGUCGUUCCUCAUCCGACGACGUUCGUUCGUUCGGUUUCCCUUAUACCCGAAAUUUUCCUUCGAGUUUCGAGUGCCGAGGUAUCUCAUUGAAUUCGUCGAAAUGGAACGAAAUUUUUUGACGACACGUCAACGAGCUGGAUGUAAGUGAGGAUGAGACCGUGAAUGCAGUGGUUCGAGAGAAAACAAGCAUUUCGACCGUUCUAAGUGUCGAUCAUCGAAGAAAGUCGUUUUUCGAUGGACGAGAGCUGCCGUGGCGCGUUAUUUGAAAAGAGUCGAGUCAGAGAAGAACGAUGACUUCCACUUCGUCGUCCAGUACUACUUCCCUUUGCAUAAAUGCCGACGAUACUCGACGAUACUCGAACGACGAUAUCGACAGAUGCGAUUACCAAGAAAUGGAAAACGCCGGCACGGCCCGACUUUUACCCACGUACAACGGUUCGCGUGGUAAAACGAAAUCUCGAUUCCUCGAGAUUUUACGCGUUGACACAUCUCGUUUUCGCACGAAAGGUGUGAUCAUAAUUGGUAUCGUGGUUGCAGUGAUCCUCAAAAUAAUCAUUGCCGUUGGUCUUUACGCCAUCCAUGACAGUUUAAGAUAUCGCGAAAAUGAAGGGAUUCUAUUUCCACCAGAUCCGGAGAACAACCAGCCACCUUCUUGGAGCAAAUUGAGGGUUUUUAAACGCGGCGCUGUUUGUGCCGAUGGUGCGCCAUGCGCCGCCAUUGGCAGAAAUAUCUUGGAAAGAAAUGGCUCGGCGGUGGAUGCAACGAUCGCCUCUAUGAUCUGCAACGGUCUUGUAAACAUGCAGAGCUUGGGUCUAGGUGGUGGAUUUCUCAUGACGAUUUACGAUAAAGCCGCUGGCCGAGCUUACGUAUUAAACGCAAGAGAUAGAGCUCCAUUAUUAGCGAAUGCGACUAUGUACGCUGGUAAACCGGAGCACGUUUCCUCGAUCGGACCCCUUUCCAUUGCCGUACCCGGUGAAUUGGCCGGUUACGGGGAAGCCCAUCGAAGAUUUGGCAAAUUACCAUGGGCAGAUCUGUUCAAACCAAGUAUAGAACUGUGUGAAAAAGGUUACACGUUAUCCAAGAUCCAGUACGAUGGGUUUGGAUAUAACGAAAAGAAUAUUCACACGGAUCCUACCUUGAAGAGACUAUUCGUCGAUCCGAAAACAAACAAAUUCAUCAAGAUCGGUUCGAUCGUAAAACCGAAAACGCUCUGUGAGACGUUAAAAAUAAUCGCUAAAGAGAAUGCCUCGGUAUUGUACAAUGGUACACUCGGUGAGAUGGUCACCGAGGAUUUGCAAAAAAGAGGCAGUAUCAUCACCAUGAAGGAUUUCAACGCAUAUCGUGCUACGUGGGAGAAACCAAUCGAGGCAGAAUUUUCCAAUGGAAUAAAACUUUUUACCCCAGGAGCACCGGGAAGUGGAAGCUUGCUCGAUUUUAUUCUCAACGUUUUCGAUGGCUUCGGAUUUACGUCAAACAGUCUGUCGGACUUCAACUCGACAAUCCUAACCUAUCACAGAAUGUUAGAAACUUACAAAUACGCCUAUGCCUUACGAGGUAACAUGGGCGAUAAGGAUUUUGUGGAUAUGACGGAAUUGAACAAUAAUUUAACGUCGAAAGAUUAUGCGAAUCAAAUAAGAAUGAAGAUAGAGGACACUAAGACUUGGAGCGAUCCGAAACAUUAUGGGGCUUCGUUCGACGUCGGUACCGAGGAUCAUGGGACAGCGCAUCUUUCGGUUAUAGCGCAAAACGGUGAUGCCGUAUCGGUUACCAGCACGAUCAAUUAUUACUUCGGAAGCGGAGUGACGAGCGAGAGAACUGGUAUUCUAUUUAACAACGCAAUGGACGACUUUGGGAUACCAUCGAAAACGAAUUACUUCGGGGUUCCGCCCAGUCCUAACAAUUAUAUACAACCUGGAAAACGGCCCAUGUCCUCGAUGGUACCUACCAUCUUGGUAGAUGAAAGUGGAAACGUUAAGAUGGUCGUUGGUGCUUCCGGUGGGACUAAAAUCACGACAGCUGUCUCUCAGGUGAUCGCUAAAAUUCUAUGGAUGGGAAAUACAGUUAAGGAAGCCAUCGAUGCCCCAAGAAUACAUCAUCAGCUGUUCCCGGGCGAAGUGGCUUACGAGUAUGGUAUACCCAAACGGGUGAUCGACGGUCUGAAGAAUUUGGGAUACAAAACCUCACGUUACAGGGAACGCGGUAGCGUGGUAUGCGUAAUUUUUUGCCAUAACGGUACCAUCUAUGCGAAUGCGGACUACCGAAAGUGUGGCGAUGUUUAUGGGAUCGAUUGAACGAUCGUCUGAACGAACAAACUCGCGCAGUACUUUUGUCAUGAAAAAGAGAAAACGCACGAGUCGUUUUCUAAUAAAAUUAUUGCCAAUUCCAAUAAAAAGUUUUACACACUA